UUUCCCGAGUUAAUCACGGAAGCGAUACAGCUACACUCAAAUCUUCAGUUCUAGAUACUUCUAAUCAAAAACGAACAAGAAAGUCGGUACGCUGGGCUGACAUUCUUGUAACUUCAUAUGAUUUGGUUCAAACACCGACCACUUCAGCAGUCACUACCGAUGCAGGUGUUGGCAGUUCUUCACGCAAAAGGCGGCGCUGA